UGAAUGUCAUAUUUGUGCUUCUGAACAGCGCCGUGGUGUUAAUUGCUGUAGUUAAAGGCCUCCGUUACUUAAAGUCUAACUGGAGAAGGUUCUCCUCUUGCCCGGUGCGAUGUUUCUGGAAGAUGUGCGGCAGAUGUCGCGAUGGUCACAGGAACAGAUGGAGUGAUUUGUCCCUAAUACAACCACUGACAGAGGAACCAUUAGUUUUCGAUGAAUAAAAAACUUAAUUGUUUUGGCUUCAUUAUGGUAAUUUGGUGCAGCAAAGAGAGUACACAGGGGUCUCUCAUUUUGUUGCUUAGCUGUACCCCCAGCCUAAGUCUGCUGCUUUGCAUAGCUACUACGCUGACAAAAAAAAAAAAUUAUCUAUUUCGCUUCAAUUGCAUCUGUUGUUCGUCAAAUGUUUUCGAAAUGUAGGUAACAAAGAAAAGUUAGGAAAGUUCAAAGAAAUAUUUUACAAUGCAAAAUAGUUCACGAACAGUGUUAUGCUUUGCUUCUUUUCUCCGUGUAUUUGAUUAUUUCUUUUUCAUUUUUAAUUCUAUCACAGAAACGUUGAGCAGGAAUUUAAGAUGUCACUAUAUAAUUACUGGACCUUCGUUUUGUAUACCCCACCCAUAAGGCCGGGAAGUUAAAUAUAUUUAAACAUCUGAAAGGCUAAUCAAUAAAAUUUUUACCUAUAGUACAUUGGCCACAUUUACUCCAACACUCAAUUGACCCAUCUUUUCUUGGGAAAAUUGGUUUACAACACUACUACGCCCUCGAGGCAAAACUAAAAAGCCUGGUUUUCAUUGAAGAAACGGAUCGAGAAGAUAAUUUCUCCCUAGUUGGCGAUGAUAAAAAAAGCAUUAAUAUAGAUGCGUCAAUAGUUAUUUUACUCGUCCCAAUUCCUCUUAAAAUAAAUGCUUUGUCUUGAAGAAUCGUAACAAUGAUUGCGGCGGAUAUUAAUAUUUAGAAUACCAUAUGAUUUACCAAUACGAUACGAGCUUGAUCAAAAUGUGAUCUGGUGAAAUUAAGUUAAAGCAAGUAAUGUUUGGUAAAUUUAAAAGGAAGAAGGAAAAUAAAAAUUUUGCAUGCGCGGA